AUGAGGCUCGCUGUCGGUCUCACAACGGCGGCCGUCUCCGGGCUUGCAGCUGCCGCGACCCAGCAGAGCAGCGCCGACGUCUUCGUGCUACAAUCAUCACGGCCGAGCUCAUCCGAGACCCCGAGCAUCCCCAAAGAAGUCGCCCGCCAUAUUCUCCUCCAGCGGACCUCCAGGCAACGAUACGGCAGCGACCUCCGCGACAUUCCCAACUCCGUCGACAUCGAGGCUACCGUAGCCCACCUUGCGGCAUUCGGCAAGACCCCCGCGCCGCUAUUUACAGCUUCUAGCCAUGCCGCUGAUCCAGCCCAGCUAGUGGUUAUCCUAGAGGGUGCUGUCGCGAAACAAUCCAGCCAGCUCAGGGAGAAGCUGGGGCAGGAUGUAGCAUUCACGAUCUCGGACCCUCCUUCGGCCGCGGCCAACAAGGAAUUAAUAUCGCAGUUCCAAAACCUCGGCAUCGCAUCGUCCCCGCAAUGCGAGCUGUCCGCCGCGAUCAAUCCCUUCGAGGCGGACUGCUGGACCGGCUCGUCCUCAGUCGUCAAGUACGACCUGCGAACCUCUCCCGAUACACUUGAUUCGCUGUUUGACAACCUCUCCCGGGUCAACAAGUUCGUCGCCGAUGGCGAUCUCGAAGUCCUCCUCGUCGCGAUGCCCGAGUCUACCCGCUCUUCUAAGCUCAACCACUGGAGCUCCGCCGCCGCUGGGGCCAGCCCUGACCUUCGCCGUCGUCGCGACGCCGAGAUGGUCAUCACCGAUCUGGAAGACGACAGCACCCGCCCAGGCCCAACUGCUGCGCCGCAGGAGCUGGACCAACAACGCCAGGAGAAGAAACCCUCUUCCGCGCCUCGCGCCAAGGCUAUCCCGCAAUGCUUCUCGUCCCUAAGCCGCUGCACCACCGAAACAAACUCGUGCUCCGGCCACGGCGAGUGCGUUGACAAGUACGCCCGCCGCAGCAGCGCCGCAUCCCCCCUCACCGACCGCGACGAGGGCGACAGCACCGGUCCCAGCUGCUUCGUGUGCGCGUGCAAGGCGUCCGUCAUUGACCGCGGUGACAGUGCCCGCACGCCAGGCCGCAAGACAGUGCACUGGGGCGGCAACAUGUGUCAAAAGGAGGAUGUCAGCGUGCAGUUCUGGAUACUGGCCGGGUUCACGAUUCUCCUUGUCGGUGCCGUCACAUUUGCGAUCAGCCUGCUAUUUAAUGUCGGCGAGGAGAAGUUGCCUGGCGUGAUUGGUGCUGGUGUCAGUCGUUCGAAGUAA